GGGUUUGUUCAAAUUGACGAUUUUUGUCCUGAUCCUUUAACUUGAGCACUUCUCGUUCAUCAAAGCUGAUUUUAAGAAUUUGUGUUUUGCUCUUUUUCAUAAAAUAAUUUUGUGCUUGCAUGGAGAGUAUUCGGGACUUUUGGCGGCUGGGAGAUGAGCUUCGAGGACAUUCAAAAAAUUCUGAGGAUCAAAAAUGGUUGAUGGCUGCUACUAAAUUAGAGGAGCAAACUAGGUCAAAAGGCGAAAGAAGGAUCAACCUAGAUCUCUCAAAGGGUUAUGCUGAAAUAAGGCCCAGAGAUAAUUAUGGCUUUCAGGGAGAAAACAAAUUUGAUAGUUUGAAUUUCAACAUUUUAAAUCUGGAGACCAAAAUGAAUGAGAAUGUGAUGAAAAGUUCUAUGAGGAAUAUUUAUGAUACAAAUGCUGCAUAUCACAAUCCUGUUGCCAACUUUAUGGGAAAUAUUUCUGGAAGCAAAUAUAACAAUAGCAACCUCAGCAAGGAGCCCUACAAAAGCAACAAUGACAAGGAAGAAGGCAAUUAUGCAAGCAAUGCAGCUGACAAAAGGUUUAAGACCUUGCCUGCUGCAGAGGCACUUCCCAGGAAUGAGGUUCUCGGUGGAUAUAUUUUUGUUUGCAACAACGACACGAUGCAAGAAGAUCUAAAGAGACAACUGUUUGGUUUACCACCAAGAUAUAGAGACUCUGUGAGGACAAUAACACCAGGCUUACCCUUGUUCCUCUACAACUACACUACUCACCAGUUGCAUGGUAUUUUUGAGGCAGCCAGUUUUGGGGGUUCGAACAUUGAUCCUACUGCUUGGGAAGAUAAAAAGUGUAAAGGCGAGUCAAGGUUCCCUGCUCAGGUAAGGAUUCGAGUUAGGAAACUCUACAAGGCUUUGGAAGAAGAUGCUUUUAGGCCGGUCCUGCAUCAUUAUGAUGGUCCUAAGUUUCGACUUGAGCUGUCUGUACCCGAGACCUUGGACUUGCUAGAUCUCUGUGAACAAGCUGGUGUGUAGAGUCCCUGUCUUGCGAGGUUAUUGGCAGCUCAGAAUAAACAAAUUGUAAUGUUGUAUGUGAAUGGAAGAGGCUCUCUGGUUUCGUAUAGCACAAGCUUGGGAGUCAAUUGUAGUUGUGCAAUAUACUUGAAUGUAUUGGCUUGUUUGUUGCUGAAUAAAUGUAACAGUGUCAUAUGAAGAUCGCUUAUUUGCUGGUGUAAUUGUUAUCGGAGGCGGCUCUGAGUGUGUGCGACUUGAGUGAUC